GUAGGAUUAGUGCUAUGCUUUCCUAAAUCACCGAACAAUCCAAGAUGUCUAAACAGCACCUAAGAGCUUUGACAGUGACUGCCUUUCUGGGCGUGGCUGUGGGGGGCUUCGUCCUGUGGAAAGGCAUCCAGCGCCGGAGAAGGAGUCAGACCAGCCAGGUGACCCCGCAGCAGCAGAAAGCACCAGAGAGAGCAGCAUUUCCCCACCAAGAAGAACCCGAGCCACAAGACAGUGCCCCCAGAAUCUCAUGGGAGCAGAGGAUCCUGGAAGCAGAGGUGGUGACGGUGGCUGAGGACGCAGAGUGGGAGCAAAUAGAGCCCUUGCUUAGAAGUCAGCUAGAACAUUUUCCAGUGCUUGGAAUUGACUGUGAGUGGGUAAAUCUUGAAGGCAAAACCAGUCCUCUUUCUCUCUUACAAAUGGCCUCCCCAAGUGGCUUCUGUGUUUUGGUUCGCCUGCCCAAGAUGGUAUGUGGAGGAAAAACACUACCCAAAACAUUACUGGACAUGUUGGCAGAUGGCUCUAUUUUGAAAGUUGGAGUAGGAUGUUCAGAAGAUGCCAACAAGCUUCUACAAGAUUAUGGCCUCAUUGUCAAAGGGUGCCUGGAUCUCCGCUAUCUGGCCAUGAGGCAAAGAAACAAUUUGCUCUGCAAUGGGCUUAGCCUGAAAUCACUCGCUGAGACUGUCUUGAACUUUCCCCUAGACAAAUCACUUCAGCUUCGUUGCAGCAACUGGAAUGCUGAGAACCUUACCAAGGAUCAGGUUGUUUAUGCUGCCAGGGACGCCCAGAUUUCAGUAGCUCUCUUUCUCCAUCUUCUUGGAUACUCUUUCAUUCGGAACUCAACGCUAGAAAAAACUGGUGAUCACACUGACUGGAGAAAGGCCUUGGACAAAUGCCUGGAUGUGGUAGACAUUCCAUUUCGAGGCAAAGCGAUUAAGUCAGGGGAGGAGGUUAAUGGGGAAAUAACAGAAUCUCAGCCAAAGCCAAGAAGUAAGAAGUCCAAGAUGGAUGGCAUGAUGUCUGGCAGCCACCCAGGAAGAGACCCCAGAAAACAUAAAAGAAAGCCCUUGGGUGUGGGCUACUCUGCUAGAAAAUCACCCCUCUAUGAUAACUGCUUUCUCCAUGCUCCGGACGGACAGCCGCUCUGCACGUGUGACCGAAGGAAAGCUCAGUGGUACUUGGACAAAGGCAUUGGAGAGCUGGUGAGUGAAGAGCCUUUUGUGGUCAAGCUCCAGUUUGAACCUGCCGGGAGACCUGAAUCCCCAGGAGACUAUUACCUGAUGGUGAAAGAGAAUCUGUGCGUGGUUUGUGGCAAGAAAGACUCCUACAUUCGGAAAAACGUGAUCCCACACGAGUACCGCAAGCACUUUCCCAUCGAGAUGAAGGACCACAACUCCCACGACGUGCUGCUGCUCUGUACCUCCUGCCACGCCAUCUCCAACUACUACGACAACCACUUGAAACAGCAGCUGGCCAGGGAGUUCCAGGCCCCCAUCGGCUCCGAGGAGGGCCUGCGCCUGCUGGAAGACCCCGAACGGCGGCAGGUGCGCUCAGCUGCCAGAGCCCUGCUCAAUGCGGAGAGCCUGCCGGUACCCCGGAAGGAGGAGCUGCUGCAAGCCCUCCAAGAGUUCUAUAAUACAGACCUGGUCACUGAUGGGAUGCUUCAAGAGGCUGCCAGUCUAGAAACCAGGAUCUCCAAUGAAAACUACGUUCCCCAUGGGCUGAAGGUGGUGCAGUGCCAUGCACAGGGCGGGCUGCGCUCCCUCAUGCAGCUGGAGAGCCGAUGGCGUCAGCAUUUCCUGGACUCCAUGCAGCCCAAGUACCUGCCCCAGCAGUGGUCAGUGGACCACAACCACCAGAAGCUGCUCCGGAAGUUGGGGGGAGACCUGCCCAUCACACUGUCCUGAUCCCAACUUUCCCCCAGGUUAGGCUGCUGGGAAGCUGGAGGCACCGUUGCAGUCACCGCUUCCAUUUAAAUAUAUUGUGACUGGUCAAAUUCUGGGUGACACAACUCAAGUACUGACCCAGACACCUCCUGGUGCUUCCGGUGGAACAAGGCUAUUGUUUACAAGGGAACGAAUGGUUUUGAGUUUCCAUUGGGUGGGCGAGACUUCUUUCUCCCUCUCUCACAUUCAGGUUUUCUAUGAACAAGGUAUGCAGGUGGAGUCCUUUGGUGUGUCCUCCUUCCUCUGCUUUCUCUGUACAGAGAGCAAAUGAAGGCUUCUUCUCAAAGUGACUUGUCAGGACUCUCAGGAUUUUGAGGCAUUUAUCCCCUGUUGCAGUAGGCUGGCAUUCCUGAGACAGGAACAAUCAAGUAUUUCAAUCCAGUCAGGCUAGGAAGAAAAAAAAUCCAGAGGAUGGAGAGGGCAAUAAGCCGCUAAAUAUUCCUAGUUCAACUUCAUCAUUAAAUUCUUGGGUUUAAAACUCUGCCCCCUGGUGGGAUCCAUCCCAUCUUGGCACUUGUUUCUUUUGCA